CCCUGUUAAUAACCAAAGUGAAAAUCAGCAAACCAGAAGAUGUCAAAACUUUACUAAACAGGAGCAGAAGCCAGCCAGAUACAAAUGCAGGAGCCAUUCAUACUUGAAACAUUCCUUUCAGAUACCAUCUGCUCUGCAUGCUUCUAAAAACACCCCGACAACCUCAAAGGAAAUUAUACAGUUUUAAUUUUCAUUAUCUGAAGAUAGUUCUUUCAUUAAAAUUAUCCCAACAAGUUGCUAGCAUGCUGUGUCUACAGCUUUGCUAUUAUGUCUGCCUAUGAAAAACAUAUAUCUUGGCAAUGCAGCUGGCUACGUGGGUAUAUGAAUAAAUGCAGAUCUUUUCAUAUUUUGUACUUUAGCAGAAAGUAUAACCCCCCUGGCCACUUUCCAAAAUCAAAGUGCUUUACAGCUGUGCUCAUCCUUAUACUUCUGUUAUUCUCUGAUGUCAUAGAAUUCUGAAGGGCGAGCAUUCCACCCUCAUAGCCAAUGAAAUUGCAGUAUGCAAAUGAAAAUGGCUGAAACCUAGCAGUUGGCUGAUGUCAUAGCGAUGUCACAAUUUCUCCCUGACAGUGGACUGUUUGAACCAUUUUGAAAUCAGUCGUUGGAUGUUGAAACAGCUUUCCCCCCGCCCCCAACCUGUUUGUCAGUGCCCCAGAUAUCGGUGUUAAAACCCUGAGCAACGGUGGUGCACACAAAGACAUGUAGCGCCUCAUGUUAUUUCAGGCCUGCCUUCUUUUGGAAAAUGUACUAAUAACCUUUCAACUGUGAGACUGACCAGGUGCCAGGACGUAAUUGGGAUAUUGUUCAGAUAUUUGCCAGGAACAGAGGAAGCAGAUAUUUAUGCUUAAGACCGUUGGAAGAAGAUGGUGAAUUAUUACGAGGUUCUGGGAGUGCAAAAAACCGCGUCUGCGGAUAACAUUAAGAAAGCCUACCGGCAGUUGGCCUUAAAAGUGCACCCAGAUAAAAACCCAGGGAACAGGGAAGCAGCAGAAAAGAAAUUCAUAGAGCUCUCUAAAGCGUACGAGGUCUUGUCUGACACUAAAAAGAGGGAUGCCUAUGACCGAUCCCGCAAAGGAGAUGGACGUGAGAGAGGGUGGCAUGAAAGAGGCAGAGGUACAUGCAGACAUGGUGGGUCUGGAGACAAGGAGAGAGACAAAGGGCAUCUCGACGCCGAACCGAGUUUCCACAGAUCCCCCCUGGAUGUGCGCAAGGGGGUGGACACCUUUUCCCUGAAUAUCCUUGACGACCUGCUUGACGACAUUUCCAGUGACCAGCGAGGCCACCACGGAAGAAGAAGAACCAGAAGCGACAGCAGCUUUUCCGUCUCUAUCAGUGGGGUGUCCCCCAUUGCAGGAACCGGUUUCACUUCCUUUGGCUCCGAGAUCACCGGCAGCUGUUCCUGCACCGCUCUCCACAGUGGCAGGAAAGGAAGGUUCAAGUCCAUUAUUACCACCAGCAAAGUUGUGGAUGGCAAAAAGGUUGUAACCAAGAGAAUUGUGGUGGACGGCAAGGAACGCGUUGAAGUUGAGGAGCAGCCCAUCUGUUACUGAAGGGCUCCCGGCUGUAAAUUGGAAAUUGAUGGGAAAUCUUUACUGUUGAUGACGAGGAAUGAUGUGCUGACUGGACUUUCAUUAAAACUGGGACCUGCACUGAAGAUCUAUGAAUAUCACGUAAAGCCU